CCCCCCCCCCCCCCCCAUAUUGCACUACUGUAAAACCAUAUAGCAAACCCAACCAGGAGAUGGGGUUGCAGCGGCCGGGGCAUCCUUGAUCUCGAGAGAGAGAGAGAGAGAGAGAGAUAAUAUCUAUCUCCUCUCUUAUUUUGACAUAUUCGGAACGAUGACUUGUUGUGCAAUAAUUGGAAUUGGAACACCUCGUUCUCCUUCUUUGUCAUUCAGCAGCAGCAGCAGCGUUAUUUGUAGCGAAGGGAAUGGGUGGCGACUCACCGGAAUACAUAGUAGGAUAAGAAUGGGGAGGGACAGGAGCAAGAACCGAAAGCCCCUUCAGAGAGGGAGGAAUCUCAGCAUCGAAGCUAUCCAUACUCUUCAAUCUCUCAAGCGAGCCGCCCUCCUCCUCUACACCAACCACCAACACCAAGACUUCUCUUCCUCUUCCUCUUCCUCUUCCUCUUCCUCUUCUUCUUCCUCUUCCUCUUCCUCUCUGGAGCUGGUGUUCGCUUCCAAAUUCAAACGCUUGCUCAAAAACGAUAUGAUGGCUGUUCUUCGUGAACUCCUCCGCCAGAACCAAUGCCUUUUGGCCCUCAAGGUUUUUGAGGAUAUUCAGGAGGAGUAUUGGUAUAAGCCUCAGGUUUCAUUGUAUGCUGAAAUUAUAUCAGCUCUGGGAUGCAAUGGGUUGUAUGAAAGGGUGGAACUUCUCUUCGUGCAAUUGAAGAUGGAAACUAGUUUAGAGCCCGAGACUGUGGCCUUUAAUGCGCUGUUGAAGAAAUUGAUGAAUUUCAACAUGACGGGACUUGCAAUGGAGUGCUUUUACUUGAUGAAAUCAUUAGGAUGCGAGCCAGAUAAGUCAUCCUUUAGAAUAUUGAUAAAUGGUUUAGAAUCAAAAGGAGAAGUGGGUCUUUCAUCUAAUGUAAGACAGGAAGCUGAGAAAUUCUAUGGUAAGUCUUUGGAGUUCUUAGAGGAGAAGGAAGAGGACCCUGUUGCAUGAAUGUGUCUUGUAGUGUCAUAGACCUCUAAUGAUACUAUCAUCAUCAUGUAUGUAUGCCCACUAUUCCUUCUUAAAUGCCAUGCUGUUGGAUAAUGUAAAUAGCAUUUAUCAAAAUUGGAAAAGGCUUUUUUUGUUUAUCA